CAGCCAGCGUGCAGCGGGCGCUGCGUCACCAUGCCCAGCAUCUUCGCCUACCAGAGCUCCGAGGUGGAUUGGUGCGAGAGCAACUUCCAGCAUUCGGAGCUGGUGGCCGAGUUCUACAACACGCUUCCUGUGGGAAGCUAACAACUAACUGUGUUGGGACAUGAAUUUACAAACAGCCCCCACCCCCUUGAUGCCGACAUCGUACCUCUAGGAACUUUAACCAAAGAGACAACUUGGUGGUGAGAUUUAUGUACAAAGUCAUCGCUGAGUCAUCGUAAUUGCAUUCAGCAAUGUCACCUUCUUCAUCUUUGGGCCUCUCAUGAUGUUCCUGAUGCACCCCUAUGCCCAGAAACGCUCCCGCUCCAUUUAUGCCCUCUGUGUCCUCUUCAUGGUCAUAGGCCUGUUCUCCAUGUACUUCCACAUGACGCUCAGCUUCCUGGGCCAACUGCUGGACGAGAUCUCUAUUCUGUGGUUGCUGGCUGGUGGCUACAGCAUAUGGAUGCCCCGCUGCUACUUUCCCACCUUCCUAGGGGAAAACAGGCCCCAGUUUAUCUGCCUGGUUGUCAUCGCCACCAUGGUCAGUACCUUCCUGUCCUUCCUGAGGCCUACGGUGAACGCAUAUGCCCUCAACAGCAUCGCCGUGCAUAUCCUCUACAUCGUGUUCCAGGAGUACAAGAAGACCAGUAAUAAGGAGCUUCGACAUCUCAUUGAGGUCUCCGUGGUUUUGUGGGCUUUUGCAUUGACCAGCUGGAUCAGUGACCGCUUCCUUUGCAGUUUCUGGCAGCAGAUUAAUUUCUCCUACAUGCACAGCAUCUGGCAUUUGUUCAUCAGCAUCACCUUCCCUUAUGGCAUGGUCACCAUGGCCUUGGUGGACGCCAGGUAUGAGAUGCCAAACCAAACCCUCAAAGUCCGCUACUGGCCUCGGGACACGUGGCCCGUGGGGCUGCCCUACGUGGAAAUCAGUGGUGACCACAAGAACUGCUGAAGUCUGCCCGUCUCUGGACUCCCCAACCACCAGCCAACUCACCUGUGUCUUGAGGAGAGAGGCUUAGAUCGGGAGUCUGAGAAACACACACAGUUCUUCCUCCAGCUCCCUUUCCUCAUCCUCCUUGUCCUGCAUGACCCCACUCCAAGGCAGGGGAUGGACAUCAAGACUUCUCUGAGCAGCGGACUGAUGACCUGCAGGGCUGCCAGGCAUAGCUCCCCUUCCUGACCUGCCCUGUUCUCUUUCAUCUCCUCCUCACGCUUGUGUUCACUGCCACCCUGUUGUCACACAACCUGGAGGGACUGGAUGACCAGCUGCUAUGAUUACAUGGCUUCUACUGGGAUGACCUCUACUGGGGCUUGGGCCACUUGCAGCUUACUCAUAGUGGCAGUCACUACCAGACUCUUUGGACCUGACUUUGGCCUUGCACUGUCCUUGGUACUUAGGGGCCACCCUUAAGAAUGGACAUGUUUUCUGGUAACCUCAUUCCACCCUCAUGCAUGCAGAGACCUUGCAGGCCUCCACACACGCUCACACAUGGACAGUGUGGCCAUCCCACUGGUUGACAGCAGAGCAACAUGGACACCUGGAUGGGCAAUCUGGAUGCUGUGGGGCACGGAGGGGAGCAGGGGUGGCCAGUAUAGGCUCUCAAAGCAAGGGGAGAAGGGGAAUAUGUAUUUCAUUGUGGUUAAGAGCACAGGGCGUGGAGUUAGGAGACCUAAGUUUGAAUCCUGCUCCACCAUUUCCUAGUUGUAUCAUCUGGGGGAUGUGAUUUUCCCUACAUCUGAAGUUCAAACCCCUUGUCUAUAAAGUGGAAAUAUUCCUUCCUUCAUGAAAUGUCUGUGUGGAUAAAACAAGAGAAGGCAUGUAAAGUGCUUAGCUUGGAGUCUGAUAAACAUCUAUCCAUAUA